AGUUGCUUGUAGGCUGUAGCCAUAUAUAAGUUUGAUUAGAUUACUGAUUUAUCCAAAUUCUGUUUUAGACAGUAGAACCAUAACAGUUAACAGGUCAAACAAACAGCCAAUAAGAAAAGCUUAAGCCUAAGCUAAAGCUCCUUUACUCUCCGCCAAUGGCAAUUCGACUCUACCAAUUAAUCAGUCACCUAAUUCUACUCCCUUUUCUCCAAUCGCAUCCUGGCCCUUCACCAAUCGCCACUAUUCAACUUCCCUUCCAAACCACCACCCUCUCCGUUACUGAUUUUGGCGCAACCGGCGAUGGCCUCCACUACGACACUUUCGCCAUCCAAUCCACUAUCGAUGCCUGCUCGUCAUCCACCACCUGCCACGUCACCUUUCCCCCGGGAACCUACCUGACCGCCACCAUCCGCCUAAAAUCCAAAGUCAUUCUAAACAUUCAAAAAGGCGCCACUUUAUUAGGAGGCACGAAGAUGGAAGACUAUCCAAAGGAAUUCGAGAGGUGGUACGUUGUGUUAGCGGAAAACGCUAGUGAUGUAGGGAUCACCGGCGGCGGUGUGGUGGAUGGGCAAGGGCUGAAGUUUGUGCAGAGAUUUAAUAAGAUAAAGAAUGUAAUGGUGAGUUGGAAUCAGACCGGUGCUUGUUUGGGAGACGAAUGUAGACCGCGGCUUGUUGGAUUCAUUGGCUGUAGAAAUGUCCGCGUUUGGAAUAUAAGGUUACGAGAACCGGCUUAUUGGUGCUUACACAUAGUCCGGUGCCAUAAUACAUUGAUUCAUGAUGUUUCAAUAUAUGGUGACUUCAAUUCGCCUAAUAAUGAUGGGAUGGAUAUAGAGGAUUCAAAUAAUACUGUUAUUACAAGGUGUCACAUUAAUACAGGAGAUGAUGCAAUCUGCCCAAAGACAUAUACUGGCCCCCUUUAUAACCUGACUGCAACAGACUGCUGGAUUCGAACAAAAUCUUCUGCAAUCAAGCUUGGGAGCGCUAGUUUGUUUGACUUCAAGGAUCUGGUAUUUGACAAUAUCACUAUUGUUGAUUCUCACAGAGGGUUAGGACUGCAGAUCCGUGAUGGAGGAAAUGUGGAUGGCAUCACUUUCUCAAACAUAAAGAUCAGUACAAGAUACUAUGAUCCAUUGUGGUGGGGAAGAGCAGAGCCUAUUUACGUGACGACAUGCCCUCGCAACUCGAGUUCAAAAGAAGGCUCCAUAUCUAACUUACUCUUCAUUAACAUAACAGCAACUUCUGAAAAUGGGAUUUUCUUAUCAGGAUCUAAAGGAGGCUUAUUGAGCAAUUUGAGAUUCAUUAACAUGAUUUUCACUUAUCGAAGAUGGACAAAAUAUGCAGGUGGAUUAGUAGAUUAUAGACCUGGUUGCCAAGGUUUAGUUAAACAUGGUGCAGCUGGAAUCAUCAUGGAACACAUUGAAGGGUUUGAGAUUGAGAAUGUGUCUAUGAUAUGGUCGGAUAAUAAAAAGGAGCAGUGGGAUAAUCCUCUUGAUUUCAGGCCCUCCACUGUAAAUAACAUUUCAUUUUUCAAUUUCCAUUCUGAUUUGUCUAAACAAUGAAUUAGUUUGGAGAAACUGCUUUCACUUUGUCUUUAUUCUUGGAUUAGAACCUGGAUUUGAAUUCCAGAUUUUUUUGUAUGAAAAUAGGCCUUUAGAGAUGUGUAAUAAAGGAUUAUCUCUCUUACAUUUAAUUUUUAUCAUUUCAUAAAAAAAAAAACGUCAUUUUAGAGAUUAA